UUCCUGCGAGCUUCUCCACAGCAGUGCUUCUGCGUCUUGGGGUGGGGUGUGUGAGAUGACUUGAGCUGGAUACGAUGGCUUAAGUGGCAAAGGGUUAAUCAGAGCAUGCAUGUCAGGAGGAGUCUCUCCCCCCUCCCUUUCCCUUCUGAAGUUUGACAUUACCCAGCCAGGGAUUUUCUAGGCCUAAUCCGUCCUCCACCGGCAAUCCUCUUUCCAGCCUUGGGGUCUUCUGGACUGGAGGCAGCAGCAUGAGAGAAAAGGCAGGAAAGGAGAAAGGGGGAAAGGGUGAUACCAUGUCUGUUAUAUACAGCGAGGUGGCUGCAGAUGAGCCUACGACCAAUAGCUUCUGGAUGCCCAGUCACUUCCACAGCUCAGUGAAACGGCUGGAUGAUGGCUACCGUGUCUGUGACCAGAUCAUUGCAUGUUUCCAGGAGCGGGCAAAGAUCGAGCGGAGUUACGCUUUGCAGAUGGACGAGUGGACUCGCAAGUGGAGGCCCCUCGUGGAUGCGAGUCCAUUGUAUGGCUCCUUGCUCCGGGCUUGGCAAGCGUUCCUGGGGGCUUCCGAGCGACUGAGCCGUCUGCACAUGGAGAUGCAAAGGGCUUUAGUCUCAGAGGAUGCCGCGCGCAUCCGGUCCUGGCAGCAUGACUCCUAUCACCGCAAGUUGUUCGGGGGCUUCAAGGAGGCCUGUGAGCUGGAAAGUGGCUUCCAGCGGGCACAGAAACCCUGGACCAAGAAGUUGAAGAAGGUCGAGAAGGCCAAAUCUUUAUAUCACAAGGCCUGUCGCAAAGAAUACAUCGCAGCACUACGGGAGAGCGGAGUUCAAGCUUCAGGGGGGCCUGAAUUGCCACCAGACCGGCAGCGCACUCUGCGAGAAGAACAUCAGCGCAGCAGCCAGGAAGCCAACAAGGUACGUGAGCGUUAUGAGAAAGCCCUGCAAGAGCUGGACCGUUGCAGCCCUCGCUACAUGGAGGAAAUGGAAUCGGUUUUCGAGCAGGGGCAAGCACUGGAGCAGAGGCGCAUCAUCUUCCUCAAGGGGGCCUUCCUCGCCCUGCACCGGCGCCUUGAUGUCACCUCUGACCCCAGCAUCCAAGCAGUUUAUACCGACUUGCAACAAGCGAUUGAAGACAUAAAUGACCAGGAUGACCUCAAAUGGUGGCGUAACCGACAUGGACCUGGGAUGCCCAUGAACUGGCCCCAGUUUGAGGGUUGGAUCCCUGACCAGGAACGGCCCACAGUGAAAAUCAAGAAAACCAAAGAGCCUGAGAAAGCCACUCUUCGCAGUGUCACUCCUUCCCAGAGCAGUGCAAAGCCAGCACCUGCAUCGGUGUCCGGACAGCGGGUCCGUGCCGUGUAUGACUAUUCUGGCCAGGAGGCAGACGAGCUAAGCUUCAAGGCAGGAGAGCUGCUCACCAAGCUGGAAGAUGAAGAUGAACAAGGCUGGUGCAAGGGGGUGACUGACAGUGGGCACGUGGGGCUCUAUCCUGCUAAUUAUGUGGAACCUGUACAAGGCUAGCUAGAAGGGCUAGGGAUAGGAGAAGGUAUCGGGCUGGGGGAGGGGGGGAAAUCUCACACCUGUGCACCAAUUAGAAGGGCUAUGUUUAUUCUGUGCUUCUGAAAUCCUGCCACGUGAGCACAGAACAGGGCAACGUUCAGCAUCCUGAGAAUCUUAGCUUAUUUUUUAAAAAUGUCUAAUCCUUACGGCUGCAAAGUUAACGUAGAGUGAGAUCUCAGAAGCCCAGGAGAGCUGGUGAGUGGGCCGAGCUGAACUUCAAAUAGAUGGGAAUGGGGCUUCCUUUGCACAGCUUCUGGCCCCUCUUUGUCUCCAGCUAUAGAAUUAAUUAUGCCCUGUCUGCAGGGCUUUUUUUCAGCGGGAACACAGUGGAACGGAGUUCCGGCACCUCUU